AAAACAGGAGGGAGGGGGCAAGUUUAGCCAAGAAGUUUUUGGAGAACUUCAGAAGGAGCGCCGGCCCAACCGUCCCGCAGAGUAGGGCUCAUGAUUGGUAGGAAGGCCGUCCUCGCUGAGAUCUAGUAGGAUGAAGAGGCAGGUUGUUGUUGUUUUUUUCCCCCCCAAGGUUAGCUCUUGGCUCACCUGUAGAACGAGGCCGGUCUUCCCCUCCCCCUUUCUCAAACCUGACCACCUUGCAAAAGGUGACUAAUCGUCGAGACUCUGGGAGUGAGCUGGGCUCAGCAAGGCCUGUCAUUGUGGUUUUGGGUGUCUUUGCUUCUAAAAAUGUGACCUUCAUUUUGUGUGUGUGUGUGCGCGUGUGUUGGGGAGGAGGAGGGGGAGGCCCUGAGGUGGGUUGGGCUGCCUUUUCUGAGAUUGUUCCGGUGGCCCAGGGUGAAUCCUGCGCGUAACUUCCUGCCUGCGUGACUUUCUCGGCACGCUAAGAUGGGAGGCCGGUGAACUUGGGACGGGAGGAAGGAGAAAGAUGUGGGAGGCAGGGAGGGGUGUACAGGUAGUCCUCGACUUAACGACGGUUCGUUUAGUGACCAUUAAAGGUUUCAACGCUGCUGAAAAAAGUGACCUACCUGUUUUUCAACAGUUAAACUCUUUGUAGCAUCCCCAUGAUCGAAAUUCAGAUGCUUUGGCAACGGGUUCAGACUUACGACCGUUGCAGCGUCCCGGGGCCCUGUGAUCCCUUUUUGCGACCUUCUGACAAGCAAAGUCACUGUUGGGGGGAAGUCAGAUUCACUCAACAACCGGGUUACUAACUGGAAAAUUCUUCUGGCAACUGACUCCUAUUUAUGACAAUGGCUGUGUCCCAAGAUCACAUGAUCCCCUGUUGCGACCUUGUCACUUUGGGGGGGUGGGGAGCCAGAUUUACUCAACAAUUGAGUUACUAGCUUAUCCACUGCAGUGGUGGUUCACUGAACGACCAUGGCCAGAAAAGUCUUAAAGUCUAAAAUAAAACUCACUUAAAGGCCUCGCUUUUACAUUUUGGCUCCAUGCUGGUCGUAGGUUGCGGACUUGCCUGUAGAAGUAACUUUGCAAGAUUUUGUGCUGGAAGAGCGGGAGAUAAUUUGUGCCUUUCCAAAUUCCUCGUCCCGCCCUUUGACUCACAGGAGGAGAACUAAUUGCAGAACGUGACUAAUUGCAAUGCAAAUAUGCAGGUGUCGCCUGAGUUACACAGCUUGGGAAAAACUGGUCUGGAGACUUUUUGGGAAAAGAAGGUUGAAAAACCCAGGAACAUGGGAUGGGUGUGGCAGACCGGGCUUCCGUUUUCCUUUUCCUGCCUCCAGAAGGAAACCUGAAUGUUCCUUUUUAAAGGCUGCAGGGAUAGGCGGUCCUCGAAUGAAUGACCACAGUUCAGAGUUUAUGUUGCUAAGUGAGAAAUCUGUUAAGGGAGCCCAUUCUCGUUUGGUUUAUGAAUCGGCCCGUAGGCCGUAUCAAAAUUCAGAGUUCCAAACACAAAUGGUUACUAAAAAUCCUAUAAAAGCAAUUUAAAAUGCAAUUGGAAGAAAAUGCAAUAAUUAUACAUACCCUGUUUACCCGAAAAUAAGACCCGACUGGAAAAUAAGCCCUAGCAUGAUUUUUCAGGAUGCUCAUAAUAUAAGCCCUACCGAAAAUAAGCCUCAGUUAAGAUGGUCAAGUCAGGCAGACGCAUUCAAUACCGUAUUUUCCUCAAAAUAAGACCUAACCAGAAAAUAAGCCAUAAUCCGUCUUUUGGAGCAAAAAUUAAUAGAAGACCUAGUCUUAUUUUGAGGGAAACACGGUAGAGAUAAAUAGAACGAGAUAAAAUUGAAACGGUCAUAGGUCACCUUUUUCAGUGGUGUUGUAACUUAGAACGCGGUCACUAAACGAACCGCUAUGAGUCAAAAGACUGCCUGUUAAGGUGAUUGUUAAGUGAAUCCGGCUUCCCUUAUUGGACUUCGCUUGUCGAAGGUCACAAAAGGGGAUCACGAGACACUGCAGCCGUCAUAAAUACGAGUCACUUGCCAAGUGCCUGGAUUGUGAUCACCUGACUAUGGGGAUAACGCAGCGGUCGUUAAGUGUGAAAAAUGGUCCUGUGUCACUUUUGUGUGGGUGCCGUUGUAACUUUGAACAGUUCACUCAAUGAACUGUUACAAGUCGAGCUGUUAUUUCUGUUUGCAGGUUGCUUCCAUGGGAGGACGGUUUGUGUUUAUUGUGGCUCUGCUUUGCUGGUUGAUUGUUUGAUGGACGAAAAGUGGGAGCUACAGCUACCCCUUGAUUUACAACCGUUUGUUUGGCGACCAAAGUUGCAGCGAUUCGCUUAAUGGCGGUGGUGAGAGAGGUCGUAAAACGGGGCAAAACUCAAUGUCUUGCUUGGCGACGGAAAUUUGGGGCUCCAUUGAGGCCAUAAGUUGAGGACUACCUGUAUUCUUUGUAGAAGUUGUUUUAGGUCCUCAGAUCCCCUCUCUUUUGAGUUUGGGAAUGAUGAGUUCCGAAUUGUGGAGCAGGAGUAUAAAAAGAAUCCUAAGGAUAAUAAUAUAAUAUAAGCCAUACCAGCUGUAUGGGGCCUUGGCAUCUUCCUGAAUGUUAAUAUUCAUUCAUUCAUUCAUUCAUUCAUCCAUCCAUCCAUCCCUUCCUCCAUUUCUGGUAUGCUGCCUUCACUUUGGCCCACCAUUAACAAGAAUAACAAGAGUUGAAAGGGACCUUAAAGGUCUUCUAGCCCAACCCCCAGCUCAAGCAGAACGGUCACUUCAGACCAACAGUUUGUCUAAUCUCUUUUUAAGUUAUCCUGGCCGAAUGGGGCUUCAGGUAGGAAGAAAGAACAGACUUUUCCAGUCGACGAGAAGGGAACCUCCCUUGUUGCCUGGGAAAAUGAAAUAAAUAUUCUGCUUGCGGUAGGAGACCACGCUUUGCUUAGUUUUGCUUGGCAACUGCCACCUACUGUGGUUCUGCUCAGGUGAGACCAGGGAAGUGACCAGUCUUGUAUGGACUGUGUGGUCCUUUGCCUGCAGCCAUGGGGAAGAUGCUAUCCAAGAUCUUUGGUAACAAGGAGAUGAGGAUUUUGAUGCUGGGCUUAGAUGCCGCCGGCAAGACAACCAUCCUCUACAAGCUGAAGUUGGGCCAGCCGGUCACCACUAUCCCCACCGUAGGUUUCAACGUGGAGACGGUGACCUACAAGAACGUCAAGUUCAACGUUUGGGACGUGGGAGGUCAGGAUAAGAUCCGGCCUCUUUGGAGACACUACUAUACCGGCACCCAAGGGUUGAUCUUUGUGGUGGACUGCGCCGAUCGGGAUCGGAUCGACGAAGGCCGACAAGAGCUUCACCGCAUCAUCAACGACCGGGAGAUGAGGGACGCCAUCAUCCUGGUCUUUGCCAACAAGCAGGACCUCCCGGAUGCCAUGAAACCUCACGAGAUCCAGGAGAAACUGGGGCUCACUCGCAUUAGGGACAGGAAUUGGUACGUCCAGCCGUCGUGCGCGACCUCGGGAGAAGGACUCUAUGAAGGCUUAAUGUGGCUUACCUCCAACUACAAAUCCUAAUUCUGGAAGCCGGAGAGCUAACUCGAUUGACGGGCGCACGCAACCUCCCUAACCGACGAGUUCUUCAAACCUUCCUUCCGUCUGUCCCGUCCGUCCGUCGUCUCCCCCCCCCCCUUCAACUCUUCCUCAACUCCUCGCAGAGGCCUCACCAUCAUAGGUCAAGGCCUGGAAGAUCUGGUUGCUUCUCUCUCUCCCUCUCUCUUGGAAGAUGCCUUGAUUUCUGCGGAUGGAAAAGUGGAGGGGAGGGGGGUCCUUUGACCCCCCCACCCCAUUUAUCCAUAGCUGCCUGCCUGAACCCCUUUGGAACAUUCCCCCCCACCCAAGACCUCCAAACUCAGGUGUCUUCCGAAUGAGUCGAGUCUAAGCCAAAGGGAGGACCCUCCUGAAGACGGGGCUGGGACCAAUUCCAGGAGCUCUGUGUUGACUUGGGGGUGGUCCCUUCCCCCCCACCCGCCCGCCUUUUAAAGGUGGGGAAGCUUGGCAACUUCCAAGAAACUUGGAGUUUGUUCCGCCGUGGCCUCUUGGAAGCCAUCCCCCCGCUUGGGCACACCAGGUUGGCAGAGUAGAAGCCGCCAAGCUCCAGAAGGUGCUGCGUUGGCAGGCCAAGCUUUUGGUGGGGAUGGGAAAUCUCGGUGGGACGGUUCGCUUCCUCAGGUUGCCUCUUCCAGUGUCUCUGCCGGGAACGCCCUGCCCUCGCCUUGUCUCGCCUCGCCUUGCCUCUCUCCUGACCUGUUCCACCUGCUUGGGAAGAGACAAGGGCAGGCAUGCCGAGCACCCGACCGAACCCGUUUGCCUGCUGCCAGGAGGGAGUGGAACGGAAGCCGUCGUGCUUUGGCGGCGGUCUUGUCCCCCAAAUUCCUGCCUACAGAUCUUUGGAGGGUCCCUCCCCUCCUGUAAAUGAGGGACAUUUGCAACUCAAGUUGGGACCACAAACGGGGGUGUCCGUCACAUUCCUUUGACCGGCUCUUUCAUGAAUCCAAACUCGGUGCCCCCUACCCGAGAGAAAACUGCCCCUCUUCGCCCAGCCUUCCUGCGAUGGCCGUCUUCACUCCACGAUCCUUAGGAUGCUCCCCUGUUUCCACAGCUGGCAGCAUGAUGGGGCUCAACCUGGUGAAUUGGAGCAAAGGCCCAGCCUUGGAAAUUUUGACCUCUCGUUGCUCGAGGGGCGUGGGGGGGCUACGUGUUCACACACACACACGUGUGUGUGUGCGGGGCGUUUCUUGAGAACAAAAUGUGCUUUGAUGUUUCAGUUCCAAGCGGUGGGUAUAAAUCCUCUUUUUUUAAAAAAAAAUUGUAUUGAUAACGGUCCAUUAUUGGGGGGGGAGGGGCAUAGAUCUCAUUUCCAGCACUUUAGGUUGUGUGGCCUUCAGCACAGAUCAGUGUGUUGUUUUUUUUAAAACAACCGUGGCCCCUUUAAGAUGGGUGGACUUCAACUCCCAGAAUUCCAGGAGGUUCUGGGAAUCCUGGGAGUUGAAGUCCACCCAGUUUAAACGGGCCGCGGUUGAGAAACACUGGCAUAGACCAAAGAGGAGGAUUUUGCCAGGAGGCUCUAAGAGUGGUGGGGCAGGGGGGGGGGCGGGUAUAAGUCCCUCUCCCCUCUGAUUUCAGGCCUUUCCAGUUGCUAAACAUCCCCCCCUCCCAAAUUCCUCCUGCUCGCUCGCUGGCUUUUUAAAUCCUAUUUAAGCAAUGGCCAAUUUGAAGUGCUGGAACCCUUGGGCGGAAUCUCUUCUCCUUGCCUCUCCUUAAGCAGUUUUUUAAUUCCUCUUUCCCUUUAAAAAAAAAAAAAAGUCUAUUUUAAUAUGAGGGCUUUAUGGACCCCCAAAUGAGCCCACCGAAGAAUUGGGGGGAACAUCGCAAGUUGGCUGCGACGCGGAGAGACUCGGUUGCCCCCUCCUCCAAUUUUUACAAGCGUGGAAGGAAGGGGGCUUGCGACGUCUCUUUUUCAUCCCACCCCUCCAUUUAAUUCAGAUCCCCCGGCCCUGGAAAUUGUAAGGUGCACGAUUCUCAUCCGAAUCCUUGAAACUCGGAUUCUGACCCGCUUGGAAGGCCUUGGGGGAAGAGAAAAACCUGGAAAUGAGAAAGGAGAGGGGAGAAUUUAUUUUCCCUUCUGCUAGAGAACCGUGGUUAGUGCUAACCUCGGAGGGAGCGGGGCAAAAAAAUAAUAAUAAUCCAGAUUGCACUUUCUGUCUGCAGUUUCCACUGCGGCUUGCACUCUGGGUGUGAUCUGGAUCAGAUGUGACUCAACGGGAAGAGACUUGGUUGCGCUGAGCCAGCGUAAAAAUGUUCAUUUCAGCCAUCUCCCCGUCCCCUCCCCUCUCAGCUGAGCUCUUUCUGGAUUUCAAAAAGCACAGGAAUAAUCCUCACAAGGAGGUCUCCUAGUUUAUGGUUUAAAAAAAAAAAAAAAAAGUUAGAUGGAGGCCCAAAUAGUGUCAUCUAAGCUCCACUUGGUUUUGUUUUGUUUUGUUUUUAAAUAUCUAUUUAAAAAUGUUAAAUAUUAAAAAAAAUAAAAAUGACAAUGUUUCAAAAAAAGUCAGGCAGAAAAGCUUGAUUGUGUGGUUCGGGAAGCCAUUUUGACUUUUUUGACCUGAGAGGCUCCUGAAAGCUGGAAUUCUCCCUCCCUCCUCUUCUUCCAACAUUUGGAGGAGGAGGUGUGCGUGAAGGAGUUCUUUGAUCUUUAUUUCUUUUCUGACUUCCCUUCCAAGCUUGCAGUUUCCUUCGUUGGGCGAGAGCAGGGGUCUGCAAACUUGGCUCUUUUUAAGACUUGUGGACUUCAACUCCCAGAGUUCCUCAGCCAGCAAAGCUUGGAGUUGAAGUCCACAAGUCUUAAAAGAGCCAAGUUUGCAGACCCCUGGGUGAGAGGAUGCAUUAAACCUGUAGCAGGGUUGCAUUAAAAGUUGUGUGCACGCAAUGCAAAGCCCUUCAAAAUGCCUUCUCGGUGUUCCUUUUCCUUGGCGGCUUGAAGAUAGGGUUGGCCCUUCAACUCCCAGAAUUCCCUCGCCAACAUGGCUGGCAGGGGAAUGCUGGGAGUUGAAGUCCCACCUAUAUAUCUUCAAGCUGAUUUGUUGCCAUCCGGAGAAUUGGUAGGGCAGGUUAUUCAGCCUGGAGAGAUUUAUUGGGGUAGAGCAGCGGUCUGCAAACUUGGCUCUUUUUAAAACUUGUGGACUUCAACUCCCAGGGUUGAAGCUGGCUGAGGAACCCUGGGAGUUGAAGUCCACAAGUCUUAAAAGAGCCAAGUUUGCAGACCCCUAGGGUAGGGGAGUCCCUGGCUUCUGCUCCUCCGUCCCCUUACUUCUGAUGGGGAGGAGGCCCCUCCCCACCUCUCUCUCUCUCUCUCUCUCCAGCUUUCUUCCAAAAUAAACUUUCAUGCCAAGAUCCCAUCUUCUGCAGCUUACAUAGUUGCAUCACAGCAUUUUGGAAAGAAAACCUUCUUUGGGCCUCUGGAUGUCCAUCAUGUAUGUUGCCUUAAGGCUUCAAGACUACCCUCCCCAUCGUUCCCCAUCUAGCAGUGGAACAGAUGGGAUUCAUAGUCCCACCCCCUCUCUCCCUCCAUCUCAUUAGAGUGCCCACUAAGGUGAGGCUGUGGGGGGGGGGGAGAGGGACAUGCAAAUUUAAGGGAAGGGGCUACGUCACGCUUUAAUGCGUGCCCCCCCCACUCCAAAUUCAGCAUGUACCGCCAUUGCUGGGGUGCGGGAACCGUCUUGGUCUGAAAAUGGGGCUUCCUCCUACCAGUGUCCUUCCUUGGCUGGGAACGCUGGGCCUUGUAGUCCUAAUCUGUCUGACAGGUUGGGAGCAGUUGCGGGCUAUAUUCUGAAGGCACUUAAAUCCUCAACCCUGCCCUAAAAUGUUUAGUGGCCUUUUUCCCCUUCAUUGCUUGUCAUUUUUUUCCUGUCUUGUUGGAAUCGUUUCCCAAAAAAAUCACUCAUCAAACCCAGACACAGGGUGAUGGUUAUUUCCCUCUCCCCCCCCCCCCAACCAAAAAGGCCUGGUGAUGGUCAGAGAAUGAUCCGUGUGAAAAUAACUCAUUUUUUUUUUCCUUCACCCCCUCCAUGCCUUCCAUAAAGGCUGGCUCACAUAAAGGAAGAAACAAGGUACUUUUUCUGUAACUUAAAACUGCAGCUGGUGAACUUGAAUACGCUGAUCUGUUUCGAGGGUUUGAAAUAAAAUUAAGGGUAUUUUUUGUUUUUCAUUCCCCUGAAUUAAAAAUGAAGGGUGUGUUUAUUGGAUGCUAAGCUGCACAUACAAAUGUACUGUACAUUUUAUUGCUGGAAUUUCUUUAGAAUCUGGGUUUGUAAUUUUUUUUUUUUUUUUUUUUGGCUAGGGUGCGGGAAGGGCGGUAUUCACACUCUCCUCGUGGCUAUAUGAGUGCCUGGGGUGGGAACCCCCUAUUACAAAUAAGGGCUCACUGGGUUUUUUUUUCCUUUUUUUAAAAAAAUAAAAUGAUUUUCAAAU